AUUCAUUUUCUACUCUUACUAAUCACUAUAAAUACGCCCUAGCUAAGGUCGGUAAUUUACUCACAAUCAACUCAUCAAAACACAAAGCAAGCAGAAAUGGAUUCUUUCCUUAACCAGUUAUCUGUUCUAGUGCUUCUUUUACUAGUCACCCCCUCGGCUUUGGCACAAACCAAGGUCGGCUUUUAUUCCACUUCGUGUCCCAAAGCCGAGACCAUUGUUUCAGACACUGUUAAAAAGCAUGUUAAGGCCAACACUGCUGUCGCUCCGGGAUUGCUCAGAAUGAUCUUCCAUGAUUGCUUCGUUCAUGGUUGCGACGCUUCCAUUCUUAUCGAUGGCAGCGAUGCGGAGAAAACCGCGACGCCGAAUCUUCUGUUGAGAGGAUAUGAUGUCAUUGAAGAUGCCAAAACACAACUGGAAGCAGCAUGCCCUGGAGUGGUGUCUUGUUCCGAUAUUCUCGCUCUUGCUGGUCGGGAUUCCACUGUUGCGGUUGGUGGAUUGACGUACAAGGUGCCAACAGGACGGAGAGAUGGACGAGUGUCGCUAGCCUCCGACACCGCCAAUCUGCCAAGUUUCAGGGAUUCUGUCGAUGUGCAGAAGAAGAAAUUUUCGGAUGUUGGUCUGAGCGCUCAAGACCUUGUGACUCUUGUUGGAGGGCACACAAUUGGAACAGUGGCUUGCCAGUUCGUAAGUUACAGACUAUACAACUUCACAAGCUCCGGGGGUCCUGAUCCCACCAUCGACUCCACAUUCCUUUCUACACUCCAAUCUCUUUGCCCCCAAGGCGGUGAUGGAAAUAAGCGUAUCGCUUUAGACUAUGGAAGUGGGAACAAUUUCGAUAACUCCUUUUUCAAAAAUGUGCAAAAUAACCGCGGAAUCCUGGAAUCAGAUCAAAGCCUGUGGCAGGACAGUACAACACAGAACUAUGUGAAAAGGUAUAUUGGAAUAAGAGGCUUGGCUGGAUUGACUUUGAACGUUGAGUUUGCCAAAGCCAUGAUCAAAAUGACUAACAUUGGAGUCAAAACUGGCACAGAUGGUGAAAUUCGUAAAGUUUGUUCAAAAAUUAAUUAAGGAGAUCAAAAAUGCAAGUUUUGGGGUUAUUUAAAUUUUGCUCAACUACUGGAAGAAUUGUCCAUAAGAUCAGUGUAUUUGAUUUACGUACAGUUUGUCAAGUUCAAUGAUGUAAUACCAUAUUACUAUAUAUAUAUCCAGCGGAAACAUGAUGUUUCAA